GGUCACGCUCUCGUGCUCACUACUUCUUUUUGGACUGCUGGGUUUCUGGUGCUGUCGACACAAGCACGAGGCAGAGCUAACGCCUUCGAGUAUCCAUGUAACUACUACGAACCGACUUCGGACCCCAGCCAUUGGUCUCUCUCCUUUUCGUACCAGAAACCUGGACAGCUGUAACUCCUCUGAUGCCUCUGCAUGUGGGGAAACGAGGACCUCACUGCUAUGCGCUUCCCGUUCGAGAACAUCAUGACGACAAGGCUCAUCAGCUAUGGAGGACAAGGCCAAGUGUCUUUAGGCACCUACUGUGACGAACAAGUGGCCAUCAAGCGGCUUCUUCCUGAGAAGAGAAAGAAACUCCAUGAAGUGAGCUCCUUCCUCGCGGAGAUCAAGAAGAUGGCGAGUGUCGAGCAUCCGCACAUCGUUCACUUCAUCGGUGUGGCUUGGAACUCCCUCACGGAUCUGUGUGCCGUCUCAGAUUUCAUGGAUGGCGGGGACUUGCACUCGCUGCUCAAGCAUUUUGAGACCGAAAAGCGACCGCACGAAUUCAACUUAGACAAGUCCCGAAUUGCUCUCCAAGUGGCCUACGCACUGGCUUAUCUCCACUAGCUUGACCCGAC